AUGGCAGCGGCUGCCCUCCCGCCCCGGCCGCUGGUCCUGCUCCUGCUGCCGCCGCUGUUGCUGCUGCGCGUGGGCCCGGUGCGCGCCGACAGCAAGGUGUUCGCGGACGUGGACCAGGUGCGGAUGACCACGGAGGGCUCGGACUGCCGCUGCAAGUGCAUCAUGCGGCCGCUGAGCAAGGACGCGUGCAGCAGGGUGCGCAGCGGGCGCGCGCGGGUCGAGGACUUCUACACGGUGGAGACGCUGAGCUCGGGCAGCGACUGCCGCUGCUCCUGCACGGCGCCGCCCUCCUCGCUCAACCCCUGCGAGAACGAGUGGAAGAUGGAGAAGCUCAAAAAGCAGGCGCCCGAGCUCCUCAAGCUGCAGUCGAUGGUGGAUCUCCUGGAGGGUGCCCUGUACAGCAUGGACCUGAUGAAGGUGCACGCCUAUGUCCGCAAGGUGGCCUCCCAGAUGAACACGCUGGAGGAGAGCAUCAAGGCCAACCUGAGCCGGGAGAACGAGGUGGUGAAGGAGAGCGUUCGGCAUCUCAGCGAGCAGCUGAAGCGCCAGGAGAACCACUCCGCCAUCAUGCUGGGCAUCAAGAAGGAGCUGUCCAGCCUGGGCCUCCAGCUGCUGCAGAGAGACGCGGCUGCUGCCGCUCCAGCUGCGAGCCCCGGGAGCAAGGCUCAGGGCGCAGGUGAAGGGAAAGGCAAGGAAACCAAGUAUGGCAGCGUUCCGAAGAGCUUUGCAGACAGGGGGCUCCCGAGGCCCCCCAAGGAGAAGCUGCUGAAGGUGGAGAAGCUCCGGGAGAGCAGCAGGGGCCGGUUCCCGCCGCCCACGGCCAAGCCCAGGGCCCUGGCCCAGCAGCAGGCGGUGAUCCGCGGCUUCACCUACUACAAGGCUGGCAGGCAGGAGGCGACCCAGGCCGCCGCUGACAAUGCCCUGAAGGGCACUUCGCGGCUGGAGGUGUCACCCAAGGGGGAGGCCAGGUCACCGGAACCCAACUCGGCCGAGCAGGAUGAGACAGAGCCCUGGCCCUCGGAGGGAGCAGACUUGGUCCCCGGCAUCGCUUCCUCGAACAUUGACACCCCCACCACCACCCCGGCUCCCACCAGCACCACCCUGCCCACUGAGCCGCCUUCACACUCUGAAGCCCCCAGCCGAGGCAGGGAGGCAAGCUGUGAGGGCACCCUGCGGGCCGUGGAUCCCCCCGUGAGGCACCACAGCUACGGGCGCCACGAAGGAGCCUGGAUGAAGGACCCCACGGCCCAGGAUGACAGGAUCUACGUCACCAACUACUACUACGGAAACAGCCUGGUGGAGUUCCGCAACCUGGACAACUUCAAGCAAGGCCGCUGGAGUAACAUGUACAAGCUGCCCUACAACUGGAUCGGCACAGGCCACGUGGUGUACCAGGGCGCCUUCUACUACAACCGCGCCUUCACCAAGAACAUCAUCAAGUACGACCUGCGCCAGCGCUUCGUGGCCUCCUGGGCGCUGCUGCCUGACGCCGUAUACGAGGACACGACGCCCUGGAAGUGGCGUGGCCACUCGGACAUCGACUUCGCCGUGGAUGAGAGUGGCCUGUGGGUCAUCUACCCCGCCGUGGAUGACCGCCAUGAGGCCCAGCACGAGGUGAUUGUGCUGAGCCGUCUGGAUCCGGGCGACCUCUCCAUGCACCGGGAGACCACGUGGAAGACGCGGCUGCGCCGGAACUCCUACGGGAACUGCUUCCUGGUGUGUGGCAUCCUGUACGCCGUGGACACGUACAACCAGCACGAAGGCCAGGUCUCCUACGCCUUCGACACGCACACGGGCACCGACGCUCGGCCCCAGCUGCCCUUCGUCAACGAGCACGCCUACACCACCCAGAUUGACUACAACCCCAAGGAGCGGCUGCUCUACGCCUGGGACAACGGCCACCAGCUCACCUACACGCUCCACUUUGUGGUCUGAGCGGGCACAGCAGCAGUGGGGGACGGCGACUCCUGCAAGGGACCCAGCCCACGUCUAUUUAUUGGGGCCAGCCCGGUGGCAGCCAGGACGGCUGCCCCGACACCCAGUGGACAAUGCUGGCUUCCGUUGGCAGAGCCCCGUGCUAAGUGUGUCCCACACUCUUCCCCGUCCAGCCCACACAACACCUCCCUUGGAGGUGGGGACCAUCAAGCCCGUUUAACGCGAGUGGCAUCCCUGGCUGACACACCUCAGUUGGGGUCAGGCCGGCUGUGCUGUCACUACAGCCCCACUUGAAGAUGCUCCCCCCCACCCCCUUUGUCACCCUUGGUCUGGGUCCUUCCCUGGGGCUACUCAAAGCCAGAGGUCUCUGGGGACGAUGCAUUAGUGCCCAGCUCUGGCCGCCACCCCAGGCCUCUGUCCUGGCUGAGCUGUUGGUGGCCCUAGGUUCCAAGCCCCCACCCUGCUUCUUGCCUCUGGCCAGUCCCCCACCCCACCGCGCCCACUGUCCAGCCCCAUUCCAAGCCUCCGCCGUCACCUGGCCGCUGAGCAGGAACCACACCCCAGAGACAAUCCUGGCCCUGCUUCCUGGGCCCUCCCUCCUGGGCUCGUUUUCUCUCGUCCUCCGGCAGGGCCCUCAUGGGUUUCCGCGGCCGCCACUGCCGGCCAAAGGCAGCUCUGCCAGGGUGGGGGGACUGGGCUGAGGCUGCCCCUCCACCCAGAAACACUGAUGCUGGCCACAACCCCAAAUCCCCUCCCUGGGGCCUCCGGGAGCCUUCAGGCCUGGGGUCCACCUUGUUCUUUUCUUGGGGCCUUCCACCCCCAGCCUCUACACACUCAGGGAUGCUUCCAGUCUGCCGAGAGAAGGCCCCUAACCUGAGGAUGGGUGGUACCAGGACAGGCAGGCUCCCCCCACCUGCUCACUGGGUGAGGGGCCCAGCAGGCAGCCUGGGGGCCUGCAGGGGACAGAGCUUUGAGCAGUCUGACCAGGGGAGGCGUGGGGCUGCCCCCUGGCUGCCGGAAAGAGCCUAAGGGAGGAGUCAGGGAGCAGGGGUCUCUGGACUGGGCUUCAGAGCUGUUGGUGCCAGGGCUGGGGGCUGGGGGCGACAGGUGGGCCACCUGGACGAGGGCUGAUUGUGGCUCCCUGCGCCUCCCAUCCAGGCAGCCCGGGGCUGGACCUUCAAGCCUGCCUCUCACCUGCCCCGGACAGGAUUUGCAGAGCGGAAAGAGGUUCUCCAGGCCAAUUCCCUGUCUCGCCAAAGAGAAAAGAGGGCCCAAAAGAUUCAGAGGGUAGCUCGGAGUCACCCUGGGGACAAGACACAGCUGGUCCCUUCCAAGGGCCUUAGUCUCCAUCCUUUGUCCUCCCUAGCCCCCAAUUCACCCUGCGCCUGUGAAGGGUCCCUCCAGCUGGCCCCCACACACCCUGCAGACUGCAGUGGCAUCUCGCCCGCCCUCCAGCCCCCCUGGAGCUAAACAUGCAGGUGGCCUGUUCAGCAAUUGAGCUGCUCAGCCCAGAGGUAGCACCGGCAAGGCCGCAGCCCCUCUGGCACCGUCAGGUGAUGUUUUGGUUGAGCUGUAACUCACCACCCCCCCACCCCAAACAGCGGGGGUGAUGACACCCAGCAAGUGCUGGCCUGACUCAUAGGCGGGGACGCAGCCAGCCUCCCCCACCCAGCUCCGCUUACAGACUCUUCAGGGGCUGUGAGGUCCAGAGCAUUCCCCCCCUUGGGUGUGACCUUCACAAGGCUGUGUCUUUUUGUGACAUCACAGGCCAACCAUGUGAGACACGCCGGGGCCUCUGUCUUCGUGGGCCUGAGAAGGGGGAGGUUAGAACAGGGCAAUCUCACACUCAGAGGGACAGCAGCGCUGUUUUCUGGGGCAGAGGAUGAGGACCGCAGCCCCCAAGCACCCCCCAGGCCCCUUCUGUUCCCAGGCCCGUGUCUGUGGCUUGUGUGGCAGGUGCGACUGUCUUCCUUGUCCUACAGCAUGCCUCAGUAGAGCCCGAAGAGUUACGGUGGCAGAGUAGCCGAGAGCCGGGUCCCAAAACCACGCGCGACGUGCCACACGCCUGUCCCUGGGACGACACUUCCGUGGCGUGGAAGGCGCAUUCUCCCACGUGUGCCACUUUCAUAGAUGAGGGUGUGGAGGUGACAGCACAGCAGCUCAGUCUGUGGUGGCAUUGGGGCUUCAAGCUGAGCAGUGCUUGGGCCUGGCCAACUGUGUGCCAGUCUGGGGGUGGCCGCAGCAGCGGAGGCUGUGGCUUUGAUCCGGUGUGGCCAGGCCACAGAUGGCAUCCACAGACUCGCUCCAGGAAGGAAGCUGAAACUUUGUACACAGCCUUGGCUGCCAAGCCAGCAGCUAGCCAGCUCCACUCAGGUUUGGCAUCGCUUAGGAAUUAACAGAAAAUUUGAAGAGAAGGCGAUUUUGUCCCAACAGGGAGGGGAGGCAGGGGACAGUUUUCGCUGUGGGGGACUGGAGCUGGCCCACAGCUGCGAACUUCAAAGCUCAGAGGGCAAGCUGACCCCUGCCAGCCUCCGCUUGGUUUUGUCCUGUCACCACCUUGGCCUUUAUUUUUCCCACAGGUGCUUCAAGCACAAAAGGGCAUGGACUGGGGAGGGCGACCUGCCUCACCCGCCCGUGCCACAAAUGCGCAGGAAGCUGUCACUCGUGUUUCUGAACAACGGGUGCAUCUAGGCCCGAGCUGUCACCUGCUCGCUCUGGGGAGGGGAGAAGGGGGCCGCUGCCUUGGGGACAGGACGGAAGUGAGGCCGGGGGACCUGCUUGGGGAUGAUUAAGGGUUCCUGGAAGCCCUUUGUUUCGAGGCAUCGUUUGCUUCCUGACAUCUCCGGAAACCACAGUUGGGGUCAGAGGGCCCUGGCACUGGGCAGCUGUCGGGGCCCUGGCUAGGGGUCAGUCUGGGAGCCCUGGAUUGGGAUCCAGCCCCACCCCUGCGUGCUCCACGCUUGGGCCACUUCUUUCUCAGGCGGGGACGGGGGUGGGGGUGGGGGAGGGCAUUAACGCCCUCCUGCAGCUGAGGACUGGGGGCUUAGUGAGGAUGGAGACCACAGGGCCCCCACAGCACCACAGACAUUCACAGUCACUCAUCCACUCGGAGGCCCCGAGACUGGCACUGCUUUUCUCCAUUACAGGUAACAAACCUCAAAUUCAGAGAGGUUAAGCAACCUGCUCAGGGUCACGGAUCUAACGAGUAAUUAACAAGGUUUGAACCAGGUCUGCUGCAGACCUAAGCCCCAAAUGAGCAGUUGUCAGGAACCUUGCAACCAGUCAUGUUUUCUUCUUCGCUCUGGCCACUGGGAAGCUCAAAGUCAAACCUGAGCUCAUUUUUAACCAUUGUUCUGAGUCUCCUACUGACUUCCCUUCAUCCUAGCUUGGCUUGUACCUUUACCCUUAUCUCUUCAUUUUUACUCGGUUAUAUCUAUUUUUGUAAAGUUGCCACAAUACCUUUUUUUGCAACAAGGUGGCAUAUGCCUAAA